CAAGGAACCACGGACCGAGAGAACCGUCGUCGUCGGCCGCGAUCACGCAUCGCUUUGCACCGCAGCUCCCGCCAAGCCCGGUCCUCCACCGCACUAGAGACGCAAGGAAACAUCGCCACUCGGACGACCUUGACGAUUCCUCGAUGGGGACGAAAGGAUUCGAAGCGAUGGACAUCGAGAGCUCCAACGGCCUCGCGUCCAAGGCUGCGAAUGCGCUUUCACCGACCCGGACGCGCAUGGGCGUCCUAGUCGUGGCAUUGAUUCUGGGCGUUCUCUUUGUCGUGCUCGUGGUGAGUUUCGCUGAAACGGACAGCAUCCGCGUGGAUCCCAACCUGCCACCUUCAGUGGCUGCACUCAUGAACACAAACGUGUUGCCAUGCACCGACUUUUACGAGUACGCUUGCGGGGGAUGGCUCGCCAACACGUCGCUCCCACCCGAUCGCUCAUCGUACGCUCGGUCGUUCACGGCCAUCCAGGACCAGAACGACGAGCUCAUUCGAUCGAUCCUCGACGAGAAGUGGCCGCUCGUGUCGGAGCUGUUCGACUCGUGCAUGAACACGACGAUGUUGGACAUGUUGGGCGCGGCGCCGCUCCGUCCCGACCUGGAUGCCAUUCGCGCGACCAAAACGAAGGACGAAUUGCUUGCACUCAUCGGGGCGUUGUCGAUGAAAAGCCCAACCAACUUUUUGUUCCCAGCCUACAUUGACGUUGACGAACAGCGCGGCCAGACGAUGGUGUUGCAUGUCGAACAAGGCGGGAUUACGUUACCCGAUCGCGACGACUACGUGAACGCGACUCGCUUUGCAAAGCUUGACGUUCCGUAUCGAUCGAUGAUCACAAAGUUGAUGACGUUGGCGGGGUGGCCAGAGCCCAAGAGCGCAGCGGACGUCGUCGUCCCGUUUGAAACCAAGAUUGCGCAGGCGAUGGUGCCGAAAGCAGCACUGCGCAAUCCCCAAGCCACGUAUAAUCCCAUGUCCAACAUAUCGGGGACGUUUCCGAGCAUGGAUCGAGUCUUCCGAGGCGCAAAGAUCCUUCUCGACGACACGACGCGCGUCAUUGUGGCGACUCCCGCAUUCUUCCAAGCGGCGGAAGCGCUGGUGACGCAAACGCCGCUGGACGACUUGCAAACCGUCGUGGCCUUUCAGCUUGUGCUCGCCACGAGCGGUGGCUUGGCGGCGUCGUUUCGCAACGCGACGUUUGAUUUCUUUGGAAAGACCCUCUUUGGCCUGCAGACCAUGCGACCGCGCCACCAGCAGUGCACCGACAAAGUAAACGCUCAUCUCGGGGAGCUCAUGGCCCGGUACUUCAUCCAGCGCGCGUUCAACCGCGCUUCGUUAGGAAGCAUCGAAGACCUCGUCGGCGACAUUCGCAGUACAUUUCGCGGCCGCCUCGAGCGGAAUCGUUGGAUGGACGACAACACGCGCGCCGCAGCCUUGUCCAAGUUGGAUGCCAUGACGCAACUCGUCGGAUACCCCCAAACUCGAGACGACUACCCUGUCGUGCUCGAUCGCGGCGACUACUUUGGCAACGUCCAAGUGCUGGCCCAGAUGGAUCACAUGCGCGCCAUUUCUUUGCUCAACACCACGGUCGACAAAACCAAGUGGAGCAUGCAUGCGCAUGCUGUCAAUGCGUACUACAACCCGACGUUCAACCAGAUUGUGUUUCCGGCAGGAAUAUUGCAGCCGCCAUUUUUUGAUGCCGACGCGGAUGCGGCGAUGAAUUACGGCGCGAUUGGAAUGGUCAUCGGCCACGAAAUCACCCAUGGCUUCGACGAUCAAGGACGCAACUUCAACGGCGAUGGGCUUCUCAAGCCGUGGUGGAGCAACGACACCGCCGCGGCCUUCGAGGACAAGGCGAAAUGCAUGGUGGACCAGUACGCGCAAAUGCCAGUCUACGGCAACGACCACACGACACUGCUUGGGAUGGUAAAUGGGGAGCUCACGCUGGGCGAGACAAUCGCGGACGUUGGUGGCCUUGCCGUCGCGUUUCAAGCGUAUGCCGUGCGGAUGAAGAAGGCGUCGUUGAACGGCAAAACUUAUACCGCCAGCGACACACUCGACCAGUUGUUCUUCUUGAGCUUUGCGCAGGCGUGGUGUCAGAAAGCCACCGAUGAGCAUCUACAUGUGUCGCUAAACGACGUGCAUCCCCCUGGCAAGCAGCGCGUUCAUGGCGCUGUCAUGAACAACGACGACUUUGCAAGAGUGUUCAAUUGCCCUGCCAACGCCCCGCUGAACCCAACCAAGAAAUGCCGCAUUUGGUAGCGGCGAUGGCCAUGCAUCCCCAAGGAGUUUUGAAGUGAGAGCAUAACCGUUGACAGAACCAGAGUGCUGUCUCGACUGGAACGUCAAGACCAGAAGUGUUUUUGCGUAAACAAUCGAAGGGAUUCUACAUUCCACUUUUGUCGACA